CGGGAGUCCAGGCCCGCGGAGCGCCAGGCGCGCACGGAAUUCCGAGUGUCCAGAGCGCGCAGAGUCCCAGAGCCGCGAAGGGCGCAAGCAGCAGCCACGAUGUGCGGAAUCUUCGCCUACAUGAACUACAGAGUCCCCCGGACGAGGAAGGAGAUUUUUGAAACCCUCAUCAAGGGCCUGCAGAGGCUUGAGUACAGAGGCUAUGACUCGGCAGGUGUGGCAAUCGAUGGAAAUAAUAACGAAGUCAAAGAAAGACAUAUCCAGCUGGUCAAGAAAAGAGGAAAUGUCAAGGCUCUUGAUGAAGAACUUUACAAACAAGACAGCAUGGACUUGAAGGUGGAGUUUGAGACCCACUUUGGCAUUGCCCACACGCGCUGGGCUACCCAUGGGGUCCCCAAUGCUGUCAACAGCCAUCCACAGCGCUCAGACAAAGGCAACGAAUUCGUUGUCAUCCAUAAUGGGAUCAUCACAAAUUACAAAGACCUAAGGAAAUUUCUGGAAAGCAAAGGCUAUGAGUUUGAGUCAGAAACAGACACAGAGACCAUCGCCAAGCUGAUUAAAUACGUGUUUGACAACAGAGAAACUGAGGACAUUACGUUUUCAACACUGGUGGAAAGAGUCAUUCAGCAGCUGGAAGGUGCAUUCGCGUUGGUUUUCAAGAGCAUCCACUACCCGGGAGAAGCUGUUGCGACCAGGAGAGGCAGCCCCCUCCUCAUUGGAGUGCGCAGCAAAUACAAGCUUUCCACGGAACAGAUCCCCAUCUUGUACAGGACACGCAAUUUCGAGAACGUAAAGAAGAUCUGCAAAACAAGAAUGAAGAGGCUGGACAGCUCAACCUGCCUUCAUGCCGUGGGCGAUAAAGCAGUGGAAUUCUUCUUUGCUUCUGACGCAAGUGCUAUCAUAGAACACACCAACCGAGUCAUCUUCCUCGAGGAUGACGACAUCGCCGCAGUGGCUGAUGGGAAGCUCUCUAUUCACCGGGUCAAGCGUUCAGCUAGUGAUGACCCAUCUCGAGCCAUCCAGACCUUGCAGAUGGAACUGCAGCAAAUCAUGAAAGGUAACUUCAGUGCAUUUAUGCAGAAGGAGAUCUUCGAACAGCCAGAAUCAGUUUUCAAUACUAUGAGAGGUCGGGUGAAUUUUGAGACCAACACAGUGCUCCUGGGUGGCUUGAAGGAUCACCUGAAGGAGAUUCGACGAUGCCGACGGCUCAUCGUGAUUGGCUGUGGAACCAGUUACCACGCCGCAGUGGCUACACGGCAAGUUUUGGAGGAACUGACUGAGCUCCCUGUGAUGGUUGAACUCGCCAGUGAUUUUCUGGACAGGAACACACCUGUGUUCAGGGAUGACGUUUGCUUUUUCAUAAGCCAGUCAGGUGAGACCGCAGAUACCCUCCUGGCAUUGCGCUACUGUAAGGACCGUGGGGCCCUGACCGUGGGCGUCACCAACACCGUGGGCAGUUCCAUCUCCCGAGAGACCGACUGCGGUGUCCACAUCAACGCAGGACCAGAGAUCGGCGUGGCCAGCACCAAGGCUUAUACCAGUCAGUUCAUCUCCCUGGUGAUGUUUGGUUUGAUGAUGUCUGAAGACCGCAUUUCACUGCAAAACAGAAGGCGAGAGAUCAUCCAUGGUUUACAGUCUUUACCUGGGCUGAUUAAGGAAGUGCUGUCGCUGGACGAGAAGAUUCAUGACCUGGCCCUGGAGCUCUACACCCAGAGGUCACUCCUGGUCAUGGGACGGGGCUAUAACUAUGCCACAUGCCUGGAAGGAGCCCUGAAAAUUAAAGAGAUAACCUACAUGCACUCAGAAGGCAUCCUGGCGGGGGAGCUGAAGCACGGACCCUUGGCACUGAUUGACAAGCAGAUGCCCGUCAUCAUGGUCAUCAUGAAGGACCCUUGCUUUGCCAAAUGCCAGAAUGCCCUGCAGCAGGUCACAGCCCGCCAGGGUCGGCCGAUCAUACUGUGCUCCAGGGACGACACUGAGAGUUCCAAGUUUGCGUAUAAAACGAUCGAGCUGCCCCACACAGUGGACUGCCUCCAGGGUAUCCUGAGUGUGAUUCCGCUGCAGCUCCUGUCCUUCCACCUGGCUGUUCUCCGAGGAUAUGACGUCGACUUCCCCAGAAAUCUGGCCAAGUCUGUAACAGUGGAAUAGAGAACAAGAGCCCGAGAAGGCCAUCACCACCUGCAGUGUGGUUCAAGGCCUGUCCCGGUGACAUCAAGUGAGAAGAACAGCAGGCGUUCUGUGUGUUCCAAGUAGAUCCCAGUAGAACUUGACAAGCUUUCACGUGCCUUGUACCCAAGUGCUUUGCUCACAGCAGAUACUGUUUCUCUGUGUCCUGAAGUCGCCAGAGGAGAAGGGAAUCAUUGUUUACACAUGGGGAUCAGAGCGGACUUUUCCACUACUGUGCAAUAGAGACACAGCUCUCUUCAGAGUAACUGUGAACCUUUUUGUAACCAACGCUAGUUAGUUUUGAAAGACAAAAUAUUUAUAAUGAUGAUUGUAUAGCUUUUAAGUUAUUUUUCUAGUAUGUGGCUUUCUGUAGCCAAUGUAAUGCCCAGACCAUGCACCCCAGCCUCCUGGCAGAGGGCAUUCAUCUCAGAUUUGAGCACAAGGCAUUGCCUCCCUGCACUCCUCUCUCCUCUCCUGCCCUCUCUUGGCUGCCCCUGAAUCCCAGUCCCCUGAUGUCAGGGAAGCCCUCCCACCAUUUCCCUGUGCCUCCUGUAAAUCCUUUCAAAAUCUCAAUGUCCUUUGACAGAUUCUUCUCCUAUAAAUCCCUCUGACUCUCCAACUUCUGUUAAAUUUGAUCAUGGCUCUUUUUAAGCCCAGGCAGCAUUUUUGGUCCCUGCUUCUACCUAUAGUAAAACAGCUUGAAAUAUCCCAUGCAAGAAAGUAGUUUUCAAGUGGGCUAUCUUGCCCUCUGUUUAAAAGCGUGCACAAUCAAGAUACUAUGCAAUUUUAAGACAAUAAAGACAGUACAAUUCUUU